AUGGCCGAAGGGCCGGCGCGCGGCGGCACGCGCGGCGGCCGCGAUCAGUUCUCGUGGAACGACGUCAAGGAAAGCGCCGAUCGCGAGUUCUACCUGGGGCACAGCGUCAAGGCGACGACGGGGAGGUGGUGCAAAGGCAAAGACGUGUACUGGUACAACAGGGACAAGGAGACGGAGGAUGAAAAAUCGACCGCGAGCGAGUUCGCGCGCGUGAAAGCGGCGGAGGAGGCGGCGAUGCGCGCGGCGUUGGGGUUACCGCCGCUGACGUCGACGAGCGGGGAGGGAAGGAAGGGUAAAGGGUCGAGGCGGAGACGAGACGCGCGGAGCGACGAAGACGAAGACGACGAACGAAGGCGAGGACGGAAAAAGUCGUCGAGAAAGAAGAAACGACGAGGACGUGAUUCGAGCGAUGAUAGUGAUUCGAGUUCGGAAUCGUCAGAUUCGGCGUCGGAGCGUCGACGGCGGCGAAGGAAGAAGGAGAAGCGUCGCGAGCGGCGUCGAAGCCGUAGUAGAAGUCGAAGUCGGGAUUUCCACCGCGACGAUUCCGAGCGUCGUGAUGAGCGACGGUGA